AUGGAUGCUCUCAAGGCUGAGAUCGCCGUAAAGCGCAAGGCCUUGCAGGAGGAUCCUGCACUUGUCCACCGGCCGACCAAGUAUAUGCGCCGCGGCGACCUCGAACGCCUCAAGGAGGAACGGGAACGGGAGGAGAAGGAGGCCAGAGAGCGAGGGAGGAAGGCCCGCGAAGAUGAGGAGCGUAGAAAGGCAAGAGUGAGCUCACAACAGGCCUCUUCUUCUCGUCCUCGCACGGACUCCCCCACCAACGUUGCCAGCACGAGUGCAUCUCCUGCACCAGAGUCCGCAUUCAACAUCUCCAACGAAGAAGCCGUCCGCCGGCUCCGAGCAAAGGGCCAGCCUAUCCGCCUGUUUGAUGAAUCUGACAAGGACCGCCGUCUUCGUCUCCGUGCGCUAGAGCUCAUCGAGGAGAAGAAUAGUGAGCGUCAUGGAGGGCAAAACGACUUCAAAAAGGCCCUAGAGGAUGUCGAGAAUGUUGAGCGCCUAGUGAAGGAUCAGCGUGUGCAAGAGGAGGCGAAGGAUAAGGGCAAAAAGAAAGAAAGCAAGGAAGUAGAGGCACAUCAGGUCUUGGAUUUGGAGCUCGUCAAGACCGAUCCGGACAAACUAUACCCCAUCAUCUACUAUGCGCUCAAGCGCACACUCAAGGAAUGGGAAGAGUGGAUGGACGAGCGACCAGAGAGCGUAAAACGAACCAUGCAAGGGAAGCUCGCUGCUGCGACACAGAAGCAAAGUGCCGAGUAUCUCAAGCCUCUUUUCAAGCUCAUCCGAGCAAGGAAUCUCCCUUCAGACAUGCUCAGACGAGUGGCUGAGAUCGUCCACUACAUGCAAAAUCGGCAAUACCAGAAAGCCAACGACUCGUAUCUGCGUCUGUCUAUUGGCAACGCACCAUGGCCCAUCGGUGUUACCAUGGUUGGUAUUCAUGAGCGUUCCGCGCGAGAAAAGAUCUCUGCAGAUCAAGUUGCACAUGUGCUAAACGACGAAGUCAGUCGGAAGUAUAUCCAAAGUCUGAAGCGGCUACUCACGUUCUCGCAAACGAAAUACCCGCCGGACGACUCUACCCAGCUCAUGGGAUGAUCGAUUCAUCCUCUCGUCCGGUCGUUCAUGACGUGUGGUGAUCCCGUCGUUGUUGUGACUGCUACUCUUCCUGGUGGAUUCUCCCCCCAUCCUAUAGGAUGUGCCCCCAGGCGGCAAUAGAGGUCAUUUUCAGCAUGGCAUAU